UUCAAAAUAUUGGAUUAAAUCAACUUCAUUUUAUUCCUAUUAUUACUCAUCGAAUUCUACUCAAUGAAACACUUGCAAAAGCUAUUGAUUAUAAAAUUGAACAAACUAUAAAAAUAAUCAAAGGUCAUCCAGAUUUACCCAAUAUAAAUCUAUUUAAAAAACCAUUCAUGAAAGAUAAUAAAACCAAUAUUCUUAUUACAAUUCGAGGAACAAAUAUUGAACAACUUUACAAAGCACGUAUGAUCUUUGAUGAUUUAUUGAAAGGUUUACAAUUUCAUCUUUACAAUCAUUCAUGGGUCACAGUACUUUUCGAUGCGACAGGACAAAAGUUUCUUCAUGAUGUACAAACUCGUACUGGUACAUACAUUUGGUGGAAUUGGAAAUCGACAUUUUUGAGCAUUUUCGGUGAAGAUCACGCAUGUCAAGAUGCCUAUAGACAGAUAGAUACUUUUAUUGAAGAAACAUUUUCACAACGUGAACAUUCCGUUUCAAUUUCAAUUCCUGAAGGUUGUAUUCGACAAUGUAUUCAAAAUUGGAGCAUGUUUCGAGAAUCGAACAAUAAGCAAAUAAAAAUUACAAUCAAUAUAAUUAAACAUCUAAUUGUAAUGAUCGGUGAUCGAGAAAAAGUUAUUGAAUGUGAACAAAAAGUGAAAGAACUUCUUGACAAAUUUGUAAAUAGUUUCAAUCAAUCAAAUGGAAAAAAGACGAUAGAUAUGAAGAACAUAUGUCCAAUAUGUGAUUGUGAAUAUGAUUCUCCUUAUGUAUUGCAACAAUGUGGACAUAUAUUCUGUCGUUCAUGUUUGAGUGCUUAUUUUGAUACAUAUUUCGAUGCGACCAAAAGUUUUGAGACAUUUAAAUUAUCUUGUCCAUGUCAAGAAUGUAAUGAAGUUUGUCUCAUUCGUGAUAUUGUUUCAAUACUUGGCUUUGAACGAAUGGCUCGUCUAGCGAUGAUUGCUUUUCAAAUUUAUAUUCGUCGAGUUGAUAGUAAUUUGGUUCAAUGUAUGGGAAUUGAUUGUAAACAAGUAUAUCGUCCAUCGAAAUCUUCUUCAAUAUAUUUUUGCAAUCAGUGUAUCAAAGUUUAUUGCGUAUCAUGUGCAGUUGAAUAUCAUACUGGUAUGACAUGUGAACAAUAUAAAAAAUUACAUAAAGAAAAAAAUGAAGAUGCAAUUUUACAAUACAAUCUUGGUAAACUAUCCUACAAGCCUUGUCCUAAAUGUCGAACACCAAUUGAUAAAUAUGCUGGAUGUAAUGCAGUAAGAUGUACACUAUGUAAUAUUCAAUUUUGUUGGCGAUGCCAAGCAACUGAUGAGAUUGAUAUUCAUAAACACUUUAUGGAUCCAAAUUCACCAUGUUACAAUAAAAUGUUGGAUGUGAAUAUGGCUGAAAUCGAAUUCUAG